ACUUUUUGCCCACCCUUAGUCCUUCGUUUGUCUCAUUUAGUCACCCUGGGUCCAUCAAUAAUUGUUCUGCAGGAAAAAUAAAAAUUUCAUGUUUCUACUUUCUUCUUGAAAUAAAGUUGUUUAUCACCUGAAAUUUUUCUUCUUGUUUGUUGUGGUAUGGGUAAACAUAUAUCUCGACUUGCAAAGAGGUUUUUCCCCCAGUGUAAAAUUAGAAUUCUGAUGGUGGGUCUUGAUGCUUCUGGGAAGACAACCAUUCUAUACAAGCUGAAGCUUGGAGAAAUUGUUGCAACUGAACCAACAGUCGGUUUUAAUGUAGAGACUGUUGAGUACAAAAACAUAAGCUUCUCUGUCUGGGAUGUAGGAGGUCAAAGUCAGAUUCGGCCAUUAUGGAGACAUUACUUUCAUAACACUCUAGGACUUAUCUUUGUAGUGGAUAGCAAAGACAGAGAAAGAAUCUCAGAAGCCCGCAAUGAGCUACAUCGGAUUCUGGGUGAUAAUGAGCUAAGCAGGGCAACUGUGCUUGUCUUUGCCAACAAGCAAGAUUUUUCGGAUGCCAUGCCUGCUUCUGAGGUUGCUGAUAAACUUGGGCUUUACUCUCUCGGCCAACGUCACUGGUAAAAUUUACCUUCUACGACCUCCAUUUAGUUGAAAUACUACAAUUAGUAGCCUACAAGCUUCUGUGUUUAUAUUUUGGAAUCUGGUUUCAUUCUAUUAUUCUUUUUAUUUAUUUUGAUUGACUUUGAAGCUUGUAUUUUUAUACUACGCUCUGUACUUUCUUUCUUCUUUGUUCUUACAUGGUUUGUUUUACAAUUCUAGCACGGGGGUCCCCCUUGUUAUGUUCAUUUGUCUCCUCUUGGGGUAUAUGGUAUGGAAUUCAGCAGAAUAUCAAAGAAGCAAAAAACUUGUAAUGUAUUUACCUAAUGUCUCAAGUUGUGC